AUGAAGGUCUUUACGCAUGUGAGCGAGGAGACCGAGAUGACGACGAAGCGACGUAAGCGGCAUACGCCGGAGCAGAUUGUUCGUAAGUUGCGAGACGCGGACGCGAUGCUCAAUGCUGGGAAGGACCAGGCUGCUGUAUUGCAGGCCCUGGAAGUGAGCGAAGCCACGUAUCUGCGUUGGCGAAACCAGUACGGUGGGAUGAAGGCCGAGGAGGCGAAGCGGCUGAAGCAACUGGAAGACGAGAACAGGCGGCUGAAGGAGUUAGUGGCCGAGAAAGAACUCGACAUCAAGAUGCUGAAGCAUAUCGCGGUGUUCGCAGUUUCCGAGCGAAGGGCGUGUCAGGUGACUGAUCAGCCACGCAGCUCUCAGCGUUACCAGCCGCAGUCUCGUGAUGACGAAGCGGCUUUGGUGAAGCGGAUGCGUGAACUGGCCGCCGCUCGACCGCGUUUCGGUUAUCGUCGGAUUGCCGUGCUAUUGCGUCGCGAAGACUGGGAGGCCAGCAACACGCGGGUGCUGCGGCUAUGGCGUCGCGAAGGGCUGAAAGUGCCACAGAAACGCCGUAAGAAACGCUACUUGGGCGACAGCAGCCAAGCCUGUCACAUUCAGCGAGCCGAACAUAAAGACCACGUGUGGUGUUGGGACUUUGUGUUCGAUCGCACGGAGGCCGGCAGCCCGUUGAAGUGGCUAUCGAUCGUCGACGAGUACACGCGGGAGUGUUUGGCUUUGAAAGUCGACCGCAGCAUCACCAGCGAAGAUGUGAUCGACUCGUUGGCCGAGCUGUUCGCGAUGCGGGGCGUGCCCGGUGCGAUUCGCUCGGACAACGGCCCGGAGUUUGUAGCUGGUGCAAUCCGGCGAUGGCUAAAGCAAGUCGAUGUCGAAACGCACUACGUCGCGCCGGGCAGUCCAUGGGAGAAUGGUUACGCGGAGAGCUUUCACAGUCGGCUUCGCGAUGAGUUCUUGGAGAUGGAAAUGUUCGAGAGUUUGGCCGCGGCACGGAAGCUGACCACGGCCUGGAGAAAGGAUUACAACGACGUGAGGUCGAUCCUCGAAUUGCGCUUGACCCCGUCAUCCGAUCGCCUGGCCAUCGGUCUCGGGCGUCCACCGUUGCAGCAAGCCGCAGGACCCAUGCUCAAGGAUGAUGUCAAAGAGAGGGCAUCAGACGUCUGUAGAUUGCCCCUGUGCAAGUUCAAGGAUCGCGAUGACUGCGUUAAUUAUUUCUACAUUGGAAGCCUCAUGAUCAUUGAGCACACGCCAAUGCUCGGAGACAUCGAUGCCCGGAAACGGCCAGUCGGUGGCGUGGUCGACCAGGCCGGCUCGAACGGGGUUGGUGUGCAUGUAGUCGAGCUUCUCUGCGAGCUUAGCCUCUUCGUAGAUUUCGAACGAAUAGUAUUUGUGAUUCCAGAACGCCUGGCCUUCGCCGAAGUUGGCCGUGUAGUGGUCGGCGUGUUCGCGGUACCAGUUGCGGAUGCGGAAGCUCGAUUUGCGUUUCCAGCCGUGCAUGAAUGCGGAGUGUUGCCCGGGGAUGGGGAAGCGAAGAAUGGCGUGGGCGUGGUCGGGCAUGAUGACGAAGCCGAGCAGUUGGCAGCGGCGCUUGGCUGUGGGGCCUCUGGCGGCUGCGCCGCACCGGAUCGAGAUCCGGUGGUACCCGGGUGUGUCAUGCAGCAUUUUUCGCAAGCUGAUCCAUCAGCUUAUGGCACGACCCGCGAUGGCCAGAGUGGCCGCAACAACAAGAGAGAUUACCCCGAUCCCAGCCAGAUGGUUCGACCAAUUACCCGCCCGACCAAAUGCAGCUCCGAGACCGACCGUGAACGCAACGGCACCCACGACCGCACAGGUUACGCAGUAUAUCACACGCUUGAGAUGGGGACGCCUACGGAUUGGCAGUUGACGGAGCUGCGGGGCCUCUGGCGGCUGCGCCGCACCGGAUCGAGAUCCGGUGGCGAGCAUGCCAACCAGGACACCGAGAAGAAAUGCGAUCAGAUAACGGAAGAUCAUGCAGUCGUGGAUGCCUUUGCCGGACAUUAUUCUUUCGCGGUGCUGUUCUACUCUUUUGCUGCGGGUGGUGGAUUGUUUGGCGGCGUUGAUGAAGAGGACGUAGCCGCGCUGGCGUUCGAGCGGGGUUUCGCUCGCCGGGGCGACUUUGUGCCCGCGGGUUUCGAUCUCGAUCGCUUCGUGGACGUAGGCCGUGAGUACGCUUUUCAGCCGGUUGAUUUCGGCCGUGGUGGUGAAGCGGACCGUGCGAGCCGAGCGGGUGUUCUCGCCCGGGGCGGUCAAGAUGCCCUGGGGGUCUUUCAGCAACGCCCCUUUGAAGAAACCGAUGGUGCAACAGGCCUUGAGCGAGGCGAGGAUCGCGAUGUUGCGGCCUUCGUGGGUGUAGCAGGGUGCCCGCCAUUUGAACUCCUCGACCACGGGGCAGCCGAGCAAGAUGGCUCGCAGGGCCUUGAGUUCUUUCUGCCAGGCCUUGGAGGUGUUGAUGAAGUUGGUGACGUCGGGGUUGGUUUUGGGCAUGGGGUGAUGGUUCGUUUUUACUGUGGUUCGGCACUGCUGGACGACGCGGCUGUGGUGCCCACGGUGAUGGUGUUGGGUAAGAGUGUGAUUUGGUUGAGGGGUGGGGCUUUUGUUGUGGGGCCUCUGGCGGCUGCGCCGCACCGGAUCGAGAUCCGGUGGUACCCCAAUAGAACGUUGAUUAUAGCGGUGGGGGCGGGUGGUGCUGGCUUGUGGAAGAUGGAUGUGGAUGAACAUCGUACGCUGACGAUUGAGCAGUUUUCGCGUCAAGCGGUGCCGUUUGCGAAGCUGCCGGGGCAUUCGUCGGCGAUUGAGGUGCUCGAGCGGUUGGCGUGCCCGCGGGAUGAGGAUGAGCUGCUGGAUGUGGCGUGUGGGCCGGGGUUGGUGGCGUGUCAUUUCGCCCCCUUGGUGCGGCGGGUGACGGGGCUGGACCUGACGCCGGAGAUGAUUUCGCAAGCCAAGGCACUUCAAGCUGAACGGAAGAUUGACAACGCCGAGUGGAUGGUGGGUGAGGCCGCGCCGUUGCUGUUUGCCGCGGGCACGUUCUCGCUGGUGUUGACGCGGUAUUCGUUUCAUCACUUUCGAGCGGCGAGCGAGGUGAUGGCGGAGAUGGUGCGGGUGUGUCGCUCGGGCGGUCGGGUGGUGGUGGCCGAUGUGUCGCUGCCGGCGGAGAAGGUUGCGGCCUACGACGAGCUGGAGCUGCUGCGCGACCCGUCGCAUGUUCACGCGAUGAGUCGCGACGAGUUUGCCGAGGCGUUUGCCGGCAGCGGGUUGGGCGAUGUUCGCUUUGCCGAGUACAAGGUUGACUUCGCACUGGAAGACCAACUGGCCGCUUCGUUUCCCGUGGAGGGUGGGGCAGAGAAGAUCCGCGCGAUGAUGCGGCAGGACGUGGGCGUGGACCGGCUGGGGGUGAACGCCCGAGAUGAAGACGGAGUGCUGCGGUAUACGGUGCCGAUUGUGGUGGGCGUUGGCACGAAGUAUUACACCGCAGCGAGUUUGGAUGGGUUCAUCGCGACGGAAGAUGAUUCGCUGGAGUGGCUGUUUCAACUGGGCGACCCGGAAGAGACGAGCUACCCGGAGUUCAUCAAGGAUGUGGGUGCGUUGGCGAUGGGUUCGACGACGUACGAGUGGAUGCUGGAGAACGCGAUCAAGCCGGACUCGGACGAGCCGGGCGAGUGGCCGUAUGAGCAGCCGGUGUGGGUGUUUUCCAGUCGGCAGUUGCCGGCGGUGGCGGGGGCCGAUCUGCGGUUCGUGCAGGGCGAUGUGCGACCGGUGUACGACGCGAUGCGCGAAGCGGCGAACGGCAAGAACGUGUGGCUGGUCGGCGGAGGAGGGUUGGUCGGGCAGUUCUACGACGCCGGGUUGCUCGAUGAGAUCAUUGUGCAGGUGAGCUCGGUGACGCUGGGGGCAGGGAAGCCGCUGCUGCCGCGGGAGAUUGUGAAGCCGCCGCUGAGGUUGGUUUCGGUUCAGCAGUUUGGGGAGGGGUUUGCGGAGCUGAGGUAUGAGGUGCGGCGGGGGUGA